GUCAAGUUGACAUCUCCGGUGACUAUACGCACACACACACACAUACACACACACACAGACACACACAGACACACACAGUGAGACUAGUUCAGUGUUUACGUUGGAAGAUCAUCACUCCGAUUAAAGAGUAAAGAGGAAUUCCCAUGGAAGUGAGCUCAUGGAGCGGUACCAGUCUCUGGGUCUGCUCGGAGAGGGCAGUUAUGGCUCGGUGCUGAAGUGCCGGCACCGGGACUCCGGCCGCCUGGUGGCCAUCAAGAAGUUUGUGGACUCAGACGAUGACAAGACGGUGAAGAAGAUCGCUCUGAGGGAGAUCAAGCUGCUCCGGCAUCUUCGUCACGUGAACCUGGUGGACCUGCUGGAGGUGUGGAGGCGUCGCCGGCGCUGGUACCUGGUGUUUGAGUUUGUGGAGCGGACUCUCCUGGAUGAUCUGGAGCUCCACCGAGGUGGACUGGACCUGGACACCAGCCGUCAGUACCUGUACCAGGUCCUGAGGGCCACAGCCUUCUGCCACCAGCAGAAUAUCAUCCACCGGGACAUUAAGCCAGAGAACGUCCUCAUCUCUCAGGGGGGCGUGGUCAAGCUGUGCGACUUCGGCUUCGCCCGCACGCUAGUGGGCGACGUCUUCACCGACUAUGUCUCCACUCGCUGGUACAGAGCUCCUGAGCUGCUGGUGGGAGACAUCAGAUAUGGAAAACCGGUAGACGUGUGGGCUGUCGGUUGUCUGUUAUUAGAGAUGUUCACAGGUCAGCCUCUGUUUCCCGGAGACUCAGACCUUGACCAGAUUCACCACAUCACCAGGUGCUUUGGUCACCUGACAGCUCGUCACCAGGAGCUGUUCUACAGGAAUCCUGUUUUCUCAGGAGUCAGAUUGCCUGAAUGUUAUGGUCAAGUUCUGCUGAGUCAGCGCUUCCCGACAGUCCCCCCCGCCGCCGUGGACCUGGCUCAGAGCUGUCUCCAGAUGGAUCCAGAAAGACGAGCUCAUUGUUCCGAGCUGUUAGAACAUCCUCUGUUCACUCAAGACUCUUUCCACCUCAGGUUCUUGAAUGAGCUAAAUGCUAAGAUCCAGAAGGACCACAGAGAAAACUCGAACCUUCCUAGACUAACCAAAACCCCCAGACGCCAAAAGGAAGAAAGGAAUGAGCAAAACCAGAGAAGCAAGAAACAACUGGAAGAGGUGAGUGAGAAGGUUUACAAGGAAAUGGAGAAGAAAGACAAUAAGGAAGAAGAGAAGACGGAGAAAACUAAGAGAAGAGCAAAGUUUUGUAAAACUACUCGGAACACCUCUGAACCUUCAAGGAGCAACAAACAAUCCAGGGCCUUCACAGGCAAAGCUUUCCAAAAUGCAGCAAGAGCUUCAGUAGCCAUGAAAAGUAAAACAGGAAAAUCCACUGGUGCAGGGUCGAGGAAGGAAUUCACUAAAUCAGAGAAAACCUCCACCACUGAUUCAUCAGUGGUGAGAGUUCUGAAGGACAAUAACUCAGAGACAGAAGAACCUCAACAUGAGACAGAUGCUCCUCCAGAACCAAGAGAAGAUCAUUUACAAAGCACAAAGAAGAAACAAGAUGGACACUCCACUGGCUUCUAUUCUAGUUGCACAGGCACAGCCGUGUCAAGUGAAAGAAAUGAGAUGGACAUCUGCAGAUCUUCUAAAUCAAAGUCAAGUCAAGAGUAUAUGAAGAAGAGCUGGAACAGCCCAAACCUGAGAGUUCCCCAAAUGUCUAAAAGCUCCACCACAGACCAUGUGAGUUCAUCUUUGACAAGCUUCCACCAAACAGCACCUGAAGCAGGUCAGCCGUCAGGCAGCGACCACACGGAGGCCAGCAGCCGAACCACACCUGCUGUCACCAAGCCAUGCCAGGGUCUUCAUUCUUCAGAACAUCUGAACAACCAACUGACCUCAGAGCGAACAACAACUUCUGAAUGUUCAAAAGUCUCCAGCUCAGGUCCAGAAAUGACCAGAACCAACACGUCAGUGUCCAUCAACCCGUCAGGACCUCCUACCUCAGAUCUUAAAGAGGCUUCUCCUGCACACAGCACUGUGACACCACCCAGAGGAAUCUCAAAUCCCAGGUUACACAAAGCUGACUCCACUUCAACUGCUAAACCCUCAGAGGACACCACAUGUGCACCCAACAAACCCUCAGAGGACCUUCCAGAAGACAAGGACCUUGUGGAAGUACUGAUUGAAACCCAAAAUCAACUGGGGAGUUUUAAAACCGAGGUUCACAAAUACUUAAAAACAAGCCCAACAAAAAGAGCAGCUGGAGACCACAUGCUAAUAUCCAUCAACCAAGAUCCUGAACCUUCUGAGUUCUGCAGUGUUCAUCUACAGAGCCCUUCUAGAUCCAAGAUCUCCUCAGAGUCCAGGACACCUUCAGACCCAACGCUGAGCGAAAUCCAGAAAGCUAACACGUCAAUUCUGAAAACACUGAAAAUCUGUGGUAAGGAGAACAGAGAUGAUUCUGGGUCCGUCAGUGGGACCACCAGGUCUUCAGGAGAUGAAACCUCAGAACCUUCUGGAAUCUCAAGUCACACGGAGAAGAAGAAAAGCAACAGAGUCAAAUCUGAUGUGACAUCCUUUAGAGUCCCUCACUCCAAAUCUAUGAUUGAACAAUCUCAAGCAAAGCUUUGGUGUUUCGGCAACAACACGUCCACUGCAGCCGUGAGGGAGACAAGGGACAACGAGAGGAAGGACUCUGUGUCCACCGGCUCAGAGUCCACGUCCGUCCCUUCUACAUCAACUCCAGACCACAAAGCUCCGAAGAGGAGUUUCGUCCUACAUAGCAUGGACCCUGCAGAUAUACUCCAUUCCUCUCCACCACCUCCUCCUCCGUCCUCCACUCCUCUGCUCCUCCCCCCGUCCUCCACUCCUCUGCUCCUCCCCCUGUCCUCCACUCCUCAGCUCCUCCCCCUGUCCUCCACUCCUCUGCUCCUCCCCCCGUCCUCCACUCCUCUUGUCCCCUCGGUCUCUUGGUUGGUCAGUGACCACCUCCGCCUGGGGACAGCUCUCCGUGAUGGAAACCCCGGUCUCAGGUCUGUGGACAUCAUGAAGCCUCGGGGGGGCGUGUGCAGUCGACGGGUGGAACCGUCUCAGUGGAGACACGUUCCAGCGUCUCUCACUUCCAAGGUGUCCGGUCACACCGGGAUCAGCGAGCGCCUCCUGGUGGAUCGUUGUAGCAGCAGCGGAGUCGUCCUCAACAGAAAGAAGUCAGACGUCCGUUUUCCAGAUUUAAGAAACUCGAGAGGACGAGAUGGCAAACACAACCACGGCGUCACCACGGAGACCAGGACAGACAUGGUGUCCCCGUCCGGUGGACAUCUGGACAGAAAGGACAACCAGCCGCCACGUCCAUCCUGAACCACGCCCCUCGAGUUUAUUAAUGAGACACCACAACAGAAACAUUGUGUACUUUUUUAAUGGGAGUUCAUUUAUUUUUUUGUUGAUUAAACAUUUUUAAAACUUGUCAUUAAUGUGUAA